AUGUCUGAGCAGAUUGUUAUAGAAGGAAUGCGCCAUAAAUAUGACGGUUAUGUCGCGAUAGAUGAUGUCAGCUUCAGUUCGGAAUGCAUUGGUGGUGGAUUGGUGCCUGGUGAAACGUUAUCUAUAGUUCCCAACCAUCCGUCUUGUGAUGAAGAUGAUAGAAUGUUAUCUUGUCAAGAUGGAUCAGGGUGUUUUUUUACUUGGCGAAGGUGUAAUUUUAUUCAAGACUGCACAGACAACUCGGAUGAAUCAAGCUGUGGAACAUCCUGCGACUUCGAAUAUGGUACAUGUGGUUGGUACAACUCAACUACGCAUGGCUGGGUAAUUAUGCAAGGUCGACUACCAAGUCUUUAUUCUGGACAUGUUAUUGAUGACACAAUUGAAGAUAACCUGGGUUAUUACAUGUUUGUGUCGAGUAACUCUGAAAACAGAGAUUUACGAACAUUACCAUACCAACACAGCCAUGAAAAUUGUCAAUUAUCCUUUCGGUACUGCAUUUAUGGACAUCGUCGAGGAAGUCUAUCUAUCAGGAUCAAAUAUAGAAACCACCAAUCGAAACGACUUUGGCAUGCCACAGGCAAUCAAGGAAUUGGGUGGUACAAUGGCGUUGCCAUAAUCGGUCGUCAAGAAGAGUUCUCCAUCAUAAUCGAAGGGGAACGUAAUUUCGGUCAUAUAAGUGGAAUCGUCAUUGACGAUUUACAAUUUAACAAUUGCUCUGAUACAAACUAUACCAGGCCAUGUGAUAAUGCUAAUGAGUUUCAGUGCUCAAACGAAAGUCGAUGUUUAUUAAUGGACAGAUUCUGUGAUUAUAGACCCGAUUGUGAUGAUUGGUCUGACGAAGAUAACUGUGUUGUGAACGAUGGUGAUUGUCAUUUUGAUGAAUACAUGCCGUACUGUGAUUAUAAACAGCUAAACGACGACAAUUUCAACUGGACAGCAGGUUUUGAGACGCAAAGUAAUAAUAGCGGUCCUGAUUAUGAUCACACUGCAGCUAUCACUACGCAUAAAAAGAGUCUAUUUCUAUACAUCAAGAGUAGUGAGCAAAAUACUGGAGAUAUUGCCCGCAUAGCUACAAAUACCACGUUUCCAGCAAGCAAUGACGUCUGUACCAUUAGGUUUUGGUAUCACAUGUAUUCGAAAAGUCAGGUGUCUAGAAUGGGUAGCCUAAGGAUAUACACAGAAUCGGUUACGGAACAAAGUCAACGUCUAUUGAUGUGGCAGUACAGUGGUAAUUUGGGAAAACACUGGAACUAUGCUAAAGUGGUCAUUGGUAAUCCAUUCAGAUAUAAAGUUGUUUUUGAAGCUGUUGCGGGUGAUCCGGACUUUUCUGAUAUAGCCAUUGACGACGUAACAUUUACACAGUCGUGCCUAAACUCAGAUAUUGGUGUUCCAGACCCAUGUCUGCGUAAUCAAAUAUAUUGCCCAGGUGACCAAAUAUGUGUUGAUAUAUCCUGGUUGAAUGACGGGGAUGUUGAUUGUCCAGCUGAUUGUUAUGACGAAGAAGAAUUUAGAUUCAACUGUACUGAAAACAGAGGAGGCUGUUUGGAACUGAACGUUGGAGGGUCUGGGAGCGUGAAGAAAAGGUUCUGUGACGGAGGAAAACUGUUCUCAAUAGAGGAACUGGCUGGUAAACAAGGCUUGUCCACAAGAACGUUAGCAAAAACAUGGGGCGGCGCUGUAUCUGUAUCAGCGCCCGCAGAGGUGGAAAGAGGACGGGGUGAUUAG